AUGCUCCUGUCUAACAACAAGAUCGUUCCUCUCACCAUUAUCAAGGGCGCCGGCCAUGAGCACAUCCCUAUCCCCGAGGGCGAAUGCGCCAUUAUCGCCGACUUCCACUCAAUAAAAUCCCAGAGCUCACACUCUACCCCUUACCUGACCACUGGAUUCUACCGUGUUGUGCCCGGACCUACACGCUACGGCGAGUACGACUACGAGGAGACCAAGUAUGUUCUCAAGGGUCAAAUCGACAUCACAGAUGAGGCCACUGGCAAGACCCACCAUCUCGUUGCUGGAGACUGGGCCUUCUUCCAUGUUGGAUCCAAGGCUCAGUUCUCAACAAAGACUGAGGGUGUUGCUUUCUACGCCGUCACCCGACCAAUGAACGACGGUCACCCUAACCUCGUUGGCCGCGAGGAGAGCACUUCAAAGUUGUAA